AUGGAAGAGGUUAGAGAGAAGAAAGAUGAUAAAAUGGAGAUGGGAAAAAAACAAUCAUCAGCUAACCAAAACAUUCAAGAUCAUCUUCUUCCUCCUCCGUACACUUACUCCCAAACCGCCGACAAACAGAAACCCACCACCAAAAGAAACGGGUCGGAUCCGGAUCUUGAUACCAACCCAAUUUCUAUAGCUCCAGCUUCAAGGUCACACGCUCACCCGCAAACUACUUCUCCGACAGGAACUGUGAGGUACAAAGAAUGCCAAAAGAACCACGCGGCGAGCUCCGGCGGAAAGGUGGUCGACGGUUGCGGCGAGUUUAUGUCAUCAGGUGAAGAAGGCACGGCGGAGUCACUUCUUUGCGCCGCAUGUGAUUGUCACCGGAGCUUCCACAGAAGGGAAGUCGACGGCAUGUUCGUCGUCAGAUUCAAUAGCUUUGGUCGUCAUUCACAGAGACCGGUCGUUAACCACCAGGUGUCUCCGAUCAUGAUGAGCUUUGGUGGUGGCGGAGGAGGAAGAGAUCCGGCGGAGUCAUCCACGGAGGAUCUCAACAGGUUUCAUCAGUCUUUAAGUGGGAAUGGAGUGGAGCAGUUUCAAUAUCAUCCCAAGAAGCGGUUUAGGACAAAGUUUAAUCAAGAACAGAAGGAGAAAAUGUACGAGUUUGCUGAGAAGAUUGGUUGGAGAAUGAACAAGACAGAAGAUGAAGAAAUUAACCGGUUUUGUCGUGAGAUUAAUGUGCAAAGACAAGUGUUUAAAGUUUGGAUGCACAACAAUAAGCAAGCUGCCAAGAAGAAAGAAACGUAA